AUGGCUCUUGGUGGUGAAGUGAAUAACGACAAUGCUUCGAGACUAGCCUCUCAUAAAGUGAAAAAAUGCCCAGUUAAUAACAAAGUGAACGGUAAAAGUGCGGCCGAGAAUGUGAACAAAGAUAAAUCUGAAAAGCAGUCAACAAAAAUGACCAAGGAGUCAAGCACGAAGGCUGUAUGCAGUAAUGGUCACGCCAACACGCAGAAUGGUCGUGCCGAUGAUGAGGGAGGCGGAGUUGCAACCCCACGGGUGUCCUACGCCGCCGCCACUAAGAAAGCCCUGUCACCUACUUCCAGUAAUGCGCCUUUACAAUUCCCGAAUAAUGAAGAAUGCCAGAAAUCUAAAAACAAGAACGAGAAAUCAACUCAGGGAGAUUCCCAUGAUGCGACCAAAGUCAAUGGCGAGAAGACAAUAUCAAAUGAUAAUAUUUGUAAAAAAGAUAAAUUAGGUACCAAAGAACCAAUAACAAAUGGAACCAACACGACACAUGUCAAUGGUGAUCCACAAAAUAAUCCACAUUGUGAUAUUAGCAAUAAUAGUACUAAAAUAGUUUCUAAUGGUAUUUCUAGCAGUGAUUUGGAUGAAACUAAUUCUAGUAAGUCGAAAGAAAAUAUUAUAUCGGAUGUAGUGCUAAACAAUUCAGAAAAUGGUAUUAAAAAAGAAGUCGAUAGCGCACUCGAAAAUUCGGGAAAUGAAUCAUCUGAAAAAUGUGGAAAUGACAAAAAAGAUAAAGAGGUAAAAGCGGAUACAGAUAAAGCCAACGGUGAAGCGCAAAAAGUGGUUAACGGUGAAAAGGAAAGGGAAUCGUCACCAAGUGAAGAUGGCGACGAGAAGAAAGGAGAUGCAGAGGUGGUGUUUAUUCAAGAUAUGGGUUUCACUGUCAAAAUUAUGAGCCCGGGCGCUGAACCGCUUGAUAUUCAGGUGUCAAGUAUGGAGCUGGUGCAAGAAAUCCACCAAGUCCUAAUGGAUCGUGAAGAUACGUGCCAUCGCACCUGCUUUUCGCUUCAAUUAGAUGGCGUCACAUUGGAUAAUUUCGCUGAAUUGAAAAAUAUUGAAGGCUUGAAGGAUGGUUCUGUUAUUAAGGUCGUGGAAGAACCGUAUACAAUGCGCGAGGCUCGAAUUCACGUCCGUCACGUGAGAGAUCUAUUGAAGUCAAUAGACUAUGUGGAUUCUUAUGCUGGCCAGGAAUGCAGUUCUUUGGCAUUUUUAAAUGUUGUCACUCAGGGAGAUAUUUUAGAAAAGAAAAAAUCUCGGCCUGAAAGUGUGGACUGUACGCCUCCAGACUAUAUAAUGCCAGGUUCGACCGAGAGGCCUCUGCUGCCUUUGCAUCCCGGACUCAACAAGGAAAACAAAGCCCCGCAGUGCCUUAAGGUUCUGACAACGUCAGGAUGGAAUCCCCCUCCGGGUCCUCGGAAGAUGUGUGGAGAUCUGCUUUAUCUCCAUGUGAUGACUCUCGAAGACAGGCAGUUCCACAUCACAGCCUGCCCCAGGGGAUUUUACUUAAACCAAUCCACCGAAGAAGUAUUCAACCCUCGUCCGUCCACGCCGUCCCUGCUGUGUCACUCGCUCAUAGAGCUGCUGAACAUCGUGUCUCCGGCGUUCAAGAGGAACUUCGCCCUCGUUCAGAAGAAACGUAUGCAAAAGCACCCAUUCGAGAGAGUGGCCACGCCCUAUCAAGUGUACCAAUGGGCGUCGCCCAUGCUCGACCACACAGUUGAUGCCAUCCGUGCCGAGGAUACGUUCUCUUCUAAACUGGGAUACGAAGAGCACAUCCCGGGACAGACUCGCGAUUGGAACGAAGAGCUGCAAACGACACGCGAAUUGCCUCGCGCCACUCUUCCCGAGAGAUUACUUCGCGAACGGGCCAUUUUCAAGGUGCAUAGCGACUUCGUGGCUGCAGCCACUCGAGGGGCGAUGGCGGUGGUGGACGGUAACGUGAUGGCCAUCAACCCGGGGGAAGAGCCGAAGAUGCAAAUGUUCAUAUGGAACAAUAUAUUCUUCUCCCUCGGAUUCGACGUCCGUGACCAUUACAAGGAUCUCGGAGGAGACGCAGCCGCCUUUGUUGCGCCGCGCAAUGACCUGCAAGGGGUCCGCGUGUACAGCGCCGUGGACACCAACGGCCUCCACACGCUGGGCACCGUCGUGGUGGACUACCGAGGCUACAGGGUGACGGCGCAGUCCAUCAUUCCCGGUAUUCUGGAGAAGGAGCAAGAGCAGAGUGUCGUCUAUGGCAGCAUCGACUUCGGGACGACGGUCUUGUCGCACCCGAAGUAUAUGGAAUUGCUGAGCAAAGCUGGCCAGCAGUUGAAGAUCAUGCCGCACUCGGUGAUCAGCGCCAACGGCGACACGGUGGAACUCUGCUCGAGCGUGGAGUGCAAGGGCAUCAUCGGGAACGACGGACGACAUUACAUCCUCGACCUGCUGAGGACGUUCCCGCCGGACGUCAAUUUCCUGCAGUUGGACGAUGACGAGCUGCGAGAGGACAUAAAGUCCAUGGGCUUCCCAAUCAUUCAUAAGCACAAACUCUGUUGCCUCAGACAGGAGUUAGUCGAUAGCUUUGUCGAGGCUCGUUACUUUAUGUUCAUUCGUUACGCCGCGUUCCACUUGCAACAGCUGAGUGCGAAACGCAAAGCGACCGAACAGAAGUCAAUCGAAGCUAACGCUGAUAAGAAAGAGAAUGAGACUGAGAAAAAAGACGGCAAGGGCCAAGAGAAGGAGAAGAAAAAGGACAAGAAGAAGAAAGAGGAAAAGGUAGAGAAGGAGGAGAAGCAAUCGGAGAAUAGUGAAGAGUUGCUGGAUGAGACUUUGUCGGAGAUCGACACAGAUGUGGCGAAGAAGAUUGUCGAAAGUAUUACCGAUUCGUUUUCGGGUGGGGACAAACAGGAGAGUGACUCCGGUGAAAGAUCCCGUGCGGUUGUGGCGGCGGCUGCCCGGGCCGUGGCUUCACUCAAGGAAUCAGAGUUCGAUGUUCGGUUCAACCCCGAUGUGUAUUCCGCGGGAAUCAAACACGCGGCUACGCCCGAACUGCUCGCUAAGCAGCGACAUCUGGUCAAGGAGGCUGCGGCUUUCUUGCUCACUACUCAGAUACCGGCAUUCGUGCGGGAAUGUCUGGAGCACUCUUCGGCUCCCAUGGACGGAGCGGGGCUGACGGAAGCCCUCCACGUCCGCGGCAUCAACGUGCGCUACUUGGGCCGAGUGACGAUGGCGCUUCGCCCCCACGCCUCGCUCGCCUACCUGCACUCCAUCGCCCUCGCCGAGCUCAUUCUGCGCGCCGCCAAGCACAUUUACACCACGUACCUGCAGGACUGCGAGGCAAUGUCGACGGGCGCGUGCGUGGCGCACUUCCUGAACUGCCUGGUGGGCGGCUGCCCCAGCCCCGCGCUUUCGCCCCCCGACUGCCCCUGCCCCCGCUCCACCCGCCCCCGGCGCCGCGCCCGCCACCGCCACCGCGCCGCCACGCCCUCGCCGGCGCCGCACUGGCACGCCCUCACGCCCGCGCACCUCUUCGCGCAGAUCCAGCAGGAGCUCAAGGCCUACUGGGGUUUCGAAUUAACCGCUGAAAGCAUGGACGCGGUCAUACAGAAAUAUGGAUUCCAAAAAAUAUCACUCCUCAGGUCGUUCGCCCUCAAAGUGGGACUCCAGAUCAUGCUCAGAGAAUACGACUUCGAUAACAGAAACAAGACGACCUUCACGUCCGCAGACAUCAUGAACAUAUUCCCGGUGGUGAAGCACAUCAAUCCUAGGGCCUCGGACGCCUACAACUUCUACACCACCGGGCAGAACAAGAUCCAAGCCGGAGCCGUCUCCGAGGGCCACGAGCUGAUCGCCGAAGCCCUGAACCUGCUCAACAACGUGUACGGGGCCAUGCACGGGGAGAUUGCGCAAUGCCUCCGUAUGGUCGCCAGACUCUGCUACGUCACCGGCGAACACAGGGACGCCAUGGCCUAUCAGCAGAAGGCCGUCUUGAUGUCGGAGCGGGUCAACGGGAUCGAUCACCCUUACACCAUCACCGAAUAUUCCCACCUGGCCCUAUAUUGCUUCGCGAACGGGCAAGUGAGCACCGCCCUGAAGUUGCUCUACCGAGCUCGCUAUUUGGCCCUGCUCAUUUGCGGAGAGAAUCACCCGGAGAUGGCGCUGCUCGAUAGCAACAUCGCCCUAAUCCUGCACGCGGUGGGCGAGUACGAGCUCUCGCUGCGCUUCGCGGAACGUGCGCUGCGGGUGACGAACGCGACGCACGGCGCCAAGUCCCUCAAAGCGGCCGUCGCCCGUCAUCUCGUGGCUCGCACGCUCUCGUGCUUGGCCGACUUCAGAGCCGCGCUCGCGCACGAGAAGGAGACCUACACCAUUUACAAGACUCUGCUGGGCGAGAAGCAUGAGAAGACGCGCGAGUCGUCCGAGUGCCUGCGCCACCUCACGCAGCAGGCCGUGGUGGUGCAGAAGCGCCUGGCGGAGCUCAAGCCGCUUCAGCACCCCCACCCGCAUCCUCCACCCCUGCACGUGCAGCCCCCGGCCAUGGCCUCCGUCAUCGACAUGCUCAACCUCAUCAACGGCAUCCUCUUCGUGCAGAUCAGCCCUCAAGAAAUCGAGCAGUUCAAGGCGGAGAUAGAGAAGAGGCAGCUGAAGGACCUGCCCAUUCCGGGCCUCGACGAGCUCGCCGACGCGACUCCGGAGGCGAAGGCGUCGGACAGUUGA